AUGGAGCAGGAGGCCGAGUUUGCCAUCCACGAAAUCAAGCCGCCAGGCACCAGCACCAAGAUUAUUAAUAACAUUAUUACACUGGCUACAUCGAGACAGGGUUUCGUUUCAGUCAUACCGGGCCUGACUUUCGACCACUGGAAGGAAAAGUUCGAUCUGAAUAUCGAAUCCUACUCGAGAGUGUGGAUGAUAGAUGGGGCAGGUAUUUUUGCGGGUGCUCUCAUGUGCGCCAUCAUCCCGUGCUGUUGUAGUCACCUCUGCUUUGGGGUUGGAGCAAUCUUCAUGUCACUCUUUCCCUGUACCGCCAACUUUGUUUGCUUUCAAAUAUCAAGUUUUGUCAGUGGCUUUGGAAAAGGAAUGAUAAUCGUUUGUGGACUGAAACUGUUACACUUGUGGCCUGAAUCGUCAGCGUCCGUGGUUAUUCAACUGUUUUUCAUCUCCUAUUCAAUCGGUGGAAUGUUGGCGGUGCAGUUGUCGCAGUAUUAUUUAACAUCAUUCAUUUCGCUGGAGAACGUCGGUAACACGACCUUCGAAGACUUCAUACACUCUAUUUCAUUCAACGACUCAUCCGCUCAUUCACGCGGUGCCUCAGCCGAUGGUGGCACGGAAGUUUAUUUCAUACAAAUUUUAAUUUUCAUUAUAUGCUGUCUAUCUUUUGUCUUCAUGUCAUUUUGGUCUUGUUUUUGCAAUGAUUCAACGAAGACGGAGAAUUCUUGUAGUGAAAGUUGCUUGGACUCAAAAAAAAAGCAGAAGGAAAGCAGUGGACUUUCAUACGAAGAUUUCCACAGAGUCAACAGAUCGGUAGAACUAAGUUUGAAGCGUGGUGAAACAUGGUCCGAUCAAAGAGAAGUCACAAAUGACGCCAUAAAUGGCGGAGAAAAGACGCGACGUCUGAGCGUGAAACAGUGGUUUUCCAACAACAACAUUCUUGAUGCGGCUGUUCUCAUGUUUCUUUAUGUGCAUUUCUUCUUUGCUUUUGGAUUAGAAUCGAUCCUAGCAAAAUUUCUUUGUCACAUCAAUACGAUAUUUUCAACUCAAAAAUUACAAUACACCAUAGAUAACUAUUCAGUUUACUCGAUAUUCACGUGCAUGUUUGUUGUUGGAAGAUUUUUAUCCAUUUCAUUUCUGCACGCUUACGCCUCGAACGCCAUCAUCGCCGUGUGCCUUGCCACAAACGUUGUUGCUUCGGCCAUCAUAUCUGCGUAUUUUGACAAAUCUGAGAAUAUGGUCCUCUUCUGUUUAGCUGCAUUUUCGGCUUUCUUAAGUCCCAUAUUGCCAGCAGGUUUUUCUCGCGUAAAUUCGUACCUAGCCAAGUCAUUCAGGUCUUUGGGAUUGGCAGUUUGCUGUGCUGGGAUUGGAUACGCUUCCUUUUCCUGGAUUUGUGGAUUCAUUUUAUCCAGGACAACCCCGUUCUAUCUUAUGUUCUUCAUCACAGCCACCUGCUGCCUGUGCACCCUCAUGUACGUGCCACUCCUGGUCAGGGUCAAACGCCACCGAGACUCCUACAGAAAUGCAAACGUCAUUGCCACUACAAAUUCAAGAUCAAUCGUUACUUACGUUUGA